CCGGGCAGGGCGAGGAGGAACCGGAACCACCGUGGCUCCAGCUCGGCCCGAGCCCGGCACGGCCCCGAGCUUGGCCCAGCCUGGCGGUGCUGGGACCGCAGCUGGGUUUCGUAGCAGCCCGGGGAAGAAGUCCGCCCCACAGCCGGGAGCGGGGCUGCCGCCGCCAGCAAAACUGGGAGGGCCGCUGGGCUCCGCGCCGGCCGCCUCCCGAGCUGGCGGGUCUGGGCGCAGCCCAGGGUUGCCUGGGGCUGCGGGUGCCGGAGCAGCUGAGGCAGCCGCCGGCGGGGGAACCGGAGCGCGGAGGCUGCGCGACAGCAUUGAUGCGGCAGGAUGACAGUAAAACUGGGAGAGAGCAGUGGGGACGAAGGGGUGAAAAAGCUGGGUAAGAGAGCAGGAGGAGAUGAGGAGUCCCUGGAAGAAGAAGGGGCAGGAGGAGGAGGAGAGGCAGCUCCAGGCAGCAGCAGCACAAAGAAAGAAGAGAAGAUCAUUAACAGCAACACUACCAGCAGCCCCCCACCGAACCCCAACUUGUCACCGGCCCCGACCUCUCUCCAGCCCUCCCAGAGCCAGGACCAGCAUCAUUUUCUCAGGUCCAGCGUCAGACCUCAGAGCAAGAGACUGAAGAAGGAUUCCCAGGCAUCCUCCUCGGUUGGCAGCAGCACUGCCGGAAAAGGCAAAGCAGCAGAUAAUGGAGGGACUGCACCUGGUGGCACAUCAGGAAUUCCUCCCAGCAAUCCUACUGGGAGUUCCAAGUCAGCAGCAAGGAACCUGGGCUCCUCGGCUGGAGAGAAGGAGGAAGGGAAGAAGGUCCGACGGCAGUGGGAGUCAUGGAGUACCGAGGACAAGAGCACUUUCUUUGAGGGACUGUAUGAGCAUGGGAAGGACUUUGAAGCUAUCCAGAACAACAUUGCCCUGAAAUACAAGAAGAAAGGCAAACCAGCAAGCAUGGUGAAGAACAAGGAACAGGUCCGGCACUUUUACUACCGUACCUGGCACAAGAUCUCCAAGUACAUUGACUUUGACAAUGUGUUUUCUCAAGGGCUGAAAAAGUCUUCCCUGGAGCUGUAUGGCUUAAUCUGCUAUGGGGAACUAAGGAAGAAGAUUGGGGGAUGUAUGGAUGACAAAAAUGCAGCUAAACUCAAUGAGCUCAUUCAAGCCGGGGCUACUACUGUUCGUUACAAAGGCAGAAACCUGCGUAUCAAAGCUCCCAUGUGCAGGGCAUUGAAGAAACUCUGUGAUCCAGAUGGUGUGAGUGAUGAAGAGGACCAAAAGCCAGUACGACUUCCUCUCAAAGUCCCUGUGGAGUUGCAGCCACGGAAUAACCACGCAUGGGCUCGAGUACAGAGUCUUGCCCAGAACCCACGGCUUAGGAUGAUCGUGGAGUUACAUCGGAAGGUCUCCAGCCUCCUUGAAUUCCUGAAGCAGAAGUGGGCUCUCCAUGAAGUGCGGGUUCGUAAAACACUAGAAGAACAGCAACUUCAAGACUCCAGAGACUCAGAAACAAGAGGCAGCUUCUCAGAGGAGAAAGUGAUGCUCCAUCUCUUUCCAGGGGAGAAUUGUACCCUCACUCCGCUGCCUGGGGUAGCCAGAGUGGUCCACUCCAAGGCUUUCUGUACUGUGCAUUGGCAGGAAACAGGCAAAUGCAAACAGAACACAAAAGACUCUCACUUACUUCCCCCUGCCCAAAUCCUCGGCAUACAGAGUGGUCAGGGCACAGCAAGGGGACAGCUGAAAUACCUGCGGGGAACAGAAGGUAAGGGUGUUGGAAGGGCAGAGAGCACUACAGAGCCCAGCAGAACUUUGCAGCCUACUGCUGAAGUUUCUGCAAGCAUUGAAGAUGGUGCCCCRGAGCCUGUCCUGGUGGAAGGAACAGCCUCAAAUUUUGGCAUCACUAAUUCCGUCCAGAAACCGCCUUCUGGACUUCAGGAUCCAGGAGGGCACCAGGAAAAGCUCAGCUCAGUGGCCUCCUGCAUGGAGGGCAGGGAGGCCCUGGCCAGUGACCAGGCAGCUGUGCUGCCCUCAUGCAGCACAGUGUGUGCUUGCAGCAAGAUCCCUGAUGUGGAGGAACUCUCUCUGCUGGAUCCAUUCCCACGGUACAUGAAGUCCUGUCAGGACCUAAUCGUCCCAGAGAAAUAUUGUUGCACAGACAAACUGCAUGGGAAAGACUCUGCUCCAGCAGCUGAUAAUGCUCCUCUGGUGGCUUUUCCAAGCAGGAGGAGUGCAGAGACCUCUGACUCCUGCUCCCAGCUACUGAGAGGUGUUGAGGGUUCCCCUGGCAGCGGCAAAAGUGAAACUCAGGCCAGCCACAGCCAGGGCCAGCAGCUGGAUGCUUGUACCAAGGAUAUCACAGAUGCCGUAAUGGAGGAUUCUCAAGAGAAGCUGGCUUCCUUGUUUCCAGCUCCACCUCAGGGACAAUCCAGUACCAAGUCUCCCAAGGAUGACCCCAGUCGGCUCUCCCAACAGGUUAGAGAAGAAGGAUGGAGUCUGCGAACCUCUGAGAGCCUUACAYUGGCUGAAGUCUACCUCAUGAUGGGCAAACCGAACAAGCUGCAGCUGGAAUAUGACUGGUUAGCUGUCUUGGAGCCAGAAACUCAGGAUGCUAGAGAGCAAACAUCUGAGUCCAGCRCUGUCCCUGCAUGUCCCAGCUUUCACAAGCAGAGGCUCCUAAACUGCCUUCUGAAACUCAUCUCUACUGAAGUCAAUCCCAAACCAACACCCGAGAUGAGCUCCAUUGCCACAUCACCUAUAAAGCCUGCUCAGGAGGAGCAGUCCCUGACUCCCCCAGGAAAGGUGAUUGCCAUCAACACCAGGAGUCCAGGCUGCACACGGAAUCAGUCUGCCCUUCGCAACAACAAGGCUUUUKCUGCUGGUGCUGCUUCCACCUCCUCAGGUUUGAGAAACCUCCCUCGACCUCUCUUGGUGGCCAGUCCUUCAAGUUCUGGGAGCACUGAGGCUGACAGUGGACUGUUUGCAGUCCCUACAACCCUCCCCCCCAACAGCCGCCAUGGGAAGCUGUUCCUACCCAGCAAGGAAACAGAGCUGACCUUCCGGCAGCACCUGGACACUAUCAGUAUGCAGUCGGACUUCUUCCUGCCGAAGCCCCGGAAGUUACGGAACAGGCACUUGCGGAAGCCAUUGGUAGUACAGAGAACACUGCUCCCCAGGCCGUCUGGAAAUCCGUCCCAGCAUGUCUGUUCCUUUUCUAUCUUAUCCAACUCAUCCAUUACAGGGAGAGGUUCAUUUCGGCCAAUCCAGUCCUCACUGACUAAAGCUGCUGUUUCUCGUCCAAUUGUGCCCAAAGUUCUUCCAACACAGGCCACCAACCAUCUGUCUAGUGCUAUUGACUUGGCAGCUAAAAGUGCUGGCAUUAUCCCUGGUAGCCCCAUGCCUGUCCUGGAUGCAGAUGGUUUGGCAGGUGUGUCUCCACUGUCACCAGAUGCAGUGCCCACAGUAGUAACAGGGCAGGAGCCAGCAGUAGCACAUCGGAACGGAGGCUCCAUCACCACUGUGGAGGGCUCAGGCCCAGGGUGCCGGGUGCCGUACAUCAGCCUGCCAGCUCGGCCCAAGCAGGAUGGCUUCCAGGGCACAUCAGUCCUUUCUCUGCCAGAACUGGCCAAGACUUCUCUCCAGAAUGGUCUGUCCAGCCUUCCACUUUCCUCAUCAGAAGCUUCCAGUACUCGGCUCUCUCCUCCCAAUGUUUCUGCUCUCUUGGAUAUUUCCCUGCCUGGACCACCUGAAGAUGUGCUUUCUCAAGGGGAACCUGCUACUCAGAUCAGUGAUUCCAUCAUUGAAAUAGCUAUCAGCUCUGGCCAAUACAGUGAAGGUGUUUCUCUCUCUCCUGCAAAACUGAAUGGCAGUGACAGCUCCAAAAGUCUUCCGUCCCCAUCCAGUAGUCCUCAACAGAACUGGAUUGCGUCACCCACCCAUGACCCCCAGUGGUACCCCAGUGACUCCACAGACUCCUCCCUCAGCAGCUUGUUCUCAAGUUUCAUUUCCCCGGAGAAGGGACGAAAAAUGUUACCAACUCCAGCUGGGAACACCAGUGGCACCUCUUUACUGGGACCCAGCCUGCUGGAUGGAAAUUCACGGGACUCCUUUGUGUCACGGUCCCUGGCAGAUGUGGCAGAGGUGGUGGAUUCCCAGCUGGCUUGUAUGAUGAAUGAGAACAGCAUAGAUUACAUAUCUCGCUUUAAUGACCUUGCCCAGGAACUGUCGAUACCUGAGCCGACUCGCAGGGAGAUACUGUUUGAUGGAGGAGCUGGUGGUCCCCCUAUUGGGGAUCUCUCGCAGUAAGGGAAUGACCAGCAGGCUGGUGCAGACUGUUCAGCUUAGUUGGAGCUUGCAGUGCUGAAACUUGAUGAGGGCAGACUGGAGAGCAGCAGCUGAGGCUGAGUGACCCCUGUCCUGUGUGCUUCUUUGUAACRGAGAAGCAUUGGUUUCAGAGGUCUCAAGGAGUACUUGCAAGUCCUGGAAUGUGCAAUAUAUUGGCAACAACAGAACAUGGAAUAACAUUACAGGAGAUUGCGUGUCCCUGCAUCAGCGAUGUAAGAUUGCAGGUUUGUGGGACAGUUCUGGACUUGUACUUUGGAAUGGUCUAAGCAAGCAGCUGAAGUAGAGAAGGGGUUGCCACAAGCUCCUAUACAUGGAUUAUUGUUUGUGUAGUGAUCAAAAUGCCAUGCUUUUGGAUCCACAUAAAAGUUGAAGAUGAAGGGUAAGGGUUGGUAGGGGACCUGCUGUGUGUCUUGACACGUCGUAGUUGGCAGUCUUCUUACCAUUCAGUCAAACUGAAGUUCUUGCACUCUGUCCAGGGCACAGCCACUCCUUGGAGCUGUGUUCUUACAGACCACUCUGUUCCUUUGGCUCUUUGACCAAUCCUGUGUGGCUCACACCUGCUUGCUUUUUCUGGUAGGGCAGCUCUCAUCCACCCUCCUCCCGUGCUGCAUGGAUCCCCUGCUCUUAUACCCCAUCACAUCACAAUCAUCAUCAUCAUCACCAUCACCCUGAUUGCACUCUUAACACUGACACAUUCUUAACCUUUGAGAUUCUUCAGCACAUUGCACAGUUCACCCUGURAAUGGGAGAGUGCUUUAAUGCUCUCCCUGAAGAACAGUUACUUUUGGUCUGCAAACAUGGCAAAAGAGCUUACACGAGGAAAGKUGUGUCAUCAUUACUCUUGGCUUUGCUAGGAACAUGUAAAUAUUGCCACCUUCACAAAGACUGAGGAUUUACCUGGGAGAGGAAAUUGAAAACAAUGUUGUAAUGUGUAGGAACAAAUACUAGGUUAACACUAAGGCAGUUGAAAUCAGUUUUGUGUCAUGAAGAGAAGUGUCAAGUCCUAGCUUUAUCCCUGAGUCCUUCCUUCCUUUUUGUUCUGUGAACUCCAGGUUCUUGACCAUUCUUCAUUACAGUCACUCUCAGGCAUGAGUGGGUCUGGCACUCCCUCUCUGAAAUCCCUGUGCAUUUAAUGUCAUGUUUUACUGUAGGAAAAACCCAGAUCCUGAUUCCAGUGGGUUCAAAAGGAUAUAGUGUUAAUUUCUUGGGAGCUGGUUGUCCAUCAAUUCUAGCUUUAUAACUCAGGAGACUUUUCUUAUUCCCUUUCCUUUCCUCUUCKGUCCUGAGCAAGAAUACCCAUAUUGUGCUCUUUUUUGAGCAGUGGCCUGCUUCUCCAGUUAGAGGAUGUCCCUUGGCUGAUGUGAGUAGCUCUGAACUUUUCCAAGGGACUGCUGUAUAAACCUCAACUUUGUAUUAUUAAUAAACAAACCUUCUCCUCCCUUAGCAUGUUAUCAUGGGUUCAUUUCCCAACUUGCACUGUACUUGGUGGKUGUUGUUCUGACUGCCUUUAGCUACAUGUAGAAGGCAUUUCUUUGACUUGGAGUCUCUUGUAACUUGCUCACAAUGCACUGACUCUGUUUGCUGUUCACCCAGUUCCUUUACCCUGCUCUAGGCAGAUGUUUUYUAGCUUCUCUGGAGUUGGCUUUGUGUUUUCUGUCAUUAGGAGAAAAUGGAACAAGUUUUCUGAUGCACCUUUUGUGUGGCCCUGAGCAGCCUUUCCAUUUCACUCAAAAAGGAAUGUAAUUUAGAUGACAUUCCAAGACCCAUGUACCAGGUCACUGCAUUCUGCUCUAUUAACAUGAGUCACACAGCUGUGUAAAGUCAGCACAAGUACAGUUGGAUGUUCCCAGCAGGGAGCCACACUUCUGUCACUAGCAAGGGGAAGAUCAUAYCUAGAAGAAUGGAGAAGUUCAUAGCUGCGGGAUGACUUCCCAUCCUGGCUGUGCAUCAUAUGAGAUAUUGAGUCCUUCUGUCAUCAUUUCUCUUUCGUUAUUCUUACAGAGCCUUUUUUGAGAAUUCUGACAGUAUUGUCAGGAAACCACAUAAACCUGGAAUAGAACAAGGUGGAGGCUGUCACAGAAAUGAAUGCUGGACCUAUUUUGUUCUGAGCAUUCCCCCUUGCUAUGGAGAAGACACCCCUUAAUCUCAAGAGUCAUUCCCACAAAAACUUUUCAGUUUUACCUAAAAUUUAGCUGUAUUUUUGUUUGGGCCUUCCUAGAUUGUUCCCUCUUGGUUUUGGGUUCCUCCAUUACUAAUGCUGAUUAUUCUAUAUGCUGUGUCUCCAGAAAUCUUUCCGAUUUGCAGGACAAAAGUUGAAGGCACCUACUAUGGCURUGGAUUACAGAACAUGCAGGAGGGAAUGUGUUACAUUCUAAUCAAGUACUGUAUAAAAAGAAAUCUGAAAUCUCAUUCUUAAAGUUCUAAAUAUUGCAAGACUAAUGUGAGGGUCUCCACUGUAUUUGUAACUCGACAAAUUUUUCAUCUUCCCUGCUGAUGCUGGUAAUGCAAUGGAUGUAACRCUGGGUUUGGCUCUGAAGUUGCCUAGAAUAAGGGCCAGUGUUGGUGCACCUGUUGCAGAAGUGGAGAGCAGAGCACUUCAUCCUGAUCYUUGAAGGCUUUUUGCUUGCAACAAAAGAAGCUGUCAGCCUGCGUGAAUCAGCCCACUCAUUUCCCGGGGGGAAGGACACAAUUUCAGAAUGAAGGCAGCACAAAUGGCUAUUUUUUAUGAUACCAUGACAUCAGAAAACUUCUAAUACCCUGAACCUUUGCAAGUGGGUUUGAACCACCCAGUAAUAACAGAGUAUAAAUGACAGAAACCAGUUCAGCACUCAGAAUGUUGGGGUUAGAAAUGUGUUUGGCAUUAGCCCCUUAAAAUUUGGAUUAUGAAGCAGAAUUUGAUUUCAGAAAUAUAAUGCUUUGCAAACUGCAUUGUAAGAAAAAAGUCCUUUGAGGACAAGGGAAAAACUUGAGAAUAAUUAAGAUUAUUGUGGUAAUUCUGAAUUGAUGCAGUAUUUGUUACCCUUACUACAUGAAAAGCCAUUUAAACACUUCUCUGAUCAGACAAGCUCUAUAUUUUUGGUGAGUGUGCUUUACAAUAGCAGUCAUCAUCAGUUUGUUCCUGAGACAGCUAAAGAGGUGAUGUAUGCACACACAUACACGUACAUGAAUACAUGUGCACGUGUGUGGGGAGUUGUAAUACUCAAAACUUCUUCAAUUUUAUUUCUUUCAGCUUCCCAAUAGCAAUAACAAAAUCGGUAUGAGGGACAGUGUCAGGCUAAGCAGACAUCCAAGUACAUCAUACUGAAAUGCCCGCAGUAUCAUUUCUGAGGUAGGAGCAGCUUUGUUAUGUUAGUACCUGCCUGGGGCUCUGCUGGGUGUUGGAGAGGACURAUGGACACUAACAGCCUCCAUGUAUGGGAUUAAUGCUCUAGGCUUUUACCUCUCAGUGACUUAUCUACCAUAAGGCAGUUCUGAGUAUCUGACAAGGUAAAUGGCAGAAGAUUCAGUGUCUGUGGGCUGGGUGCAGAGCAGUACCAUAGCCCAAGGUUGGAUCCACCCAAUGUGUGUGCACACGCUAACAGAGUUCUGUGCUGGGUGUUGCAUCCUGAUCACCCACACAAUCAAUUUUAUCCUGUAUCACUAAACCUACUAAGCAUAGGAACAGUAAUAGUUUUUAUACRGCAUUGUUAAGCCUUCUUUUGACACCCUCUUUAUUUCUAAAUAGAAUUAAAUGGCUUGAAUCAAAUCUAACCUAUAAAGACAUCUCAUUUACUGACAGCAGAUCCCAGAGUGGAAAUUCAGUUGCAUUUUGUUUUCUACACUCAAACUUCGGAUGCAUUUAUAAGGAAAGUAAUGCACUUUUUUUAACCUUUUCAAACCUUUGAAUCUGUUAAUUUCACAGCAAUUUGUAAAUUAAGUGAACUUAAGUGAAACCUUGGCAACUAAGUGAAACCUUGGCAAGCACUAUGGCAAUAAGUUAUCAUUAAUUAUUGAAACAUGAUAACUGCUUUAGAGCUUACGGUUCUAGCAGCAAACUUUAAUGCUGUUUCUUUUAAUAAUAGUUAAGCCAUAUCAUCUAAAGUUUCUGGCUUGUUUGAGAUGUGAAUUUGUUUUAUAGACUAUAAAUAUACCUAUAUAGUGUAUGUAUAAAGCAAAAUGCCUGUCUUUACUGAUUAUUUUUUGUACCAUACUGUAAAUUAUAUUAUUUAUUCUUUACCAAUUUUGGAAAAAGGUGUUUUGGUUAUUUAAUAUAAUAUACAAAAGCUGUUAAACUUCCUCUGUUUAAAUUUCCAAUUCAACUUGUAAAGCUGUUUUUAUUCUUGUGCAUAAAUACAUACUAAUA